AUGGCUUCCACCACAGAUAGUGGGGAUAACAAUCAAUUACCCGUUCCAUCGUCUCCUCAUAUCAUUUUCACUUCACCAACUUUUACACCGAGAUUCGGUCGAAGAGAUUCAAUUACUGCUGAUGAUGGAUCACGCAUUCAUCAGAGGCUUCAGAAGCAUAUUCAUCUCAAAUCAAAUAAUGAUAGGCACAUUCGAGUUCAAGAGCCAGAAGGGAGUCAGGCAAAAUCACCGGCUGCCAGUAUAUACAUGGGGUCGUAUACUCCACGGCGUUCAAGAUCUCUUGCUGGUUCAAGGCCCGGUUCUAUCAAAAGUCCUCCAACAUCAAGUCCACCUUCGCCUAGAAGCAGUUUCAGCUUCAGUCAUACUCACAUCAGCCAAUUGUCGGAUCUUCUACAAGAUUACAAUUUAGAUCUCGAAACUUACGGUGUGGAAGAAUUGAGAGAUGGAUUCUUUGAUGCUGCAUUCUUCAAGCCACAGAAGACAAGUCGUGAAGAGCUUAUGAAAGAUGCAGAGUUUACAUUACCAGCAGCAUUUAAGAAGAAGCACCCGUUGUCACUCAAACAUUUCUUCCCCAGGCAAUGGCGUGGCAUCAAGGGAAUCUCUAAGCAAUUGGUGACUACACGAGCUGGUAUCAAGCUUAUCAAAUCCUUUUUGCCCUUCUUCAUUUCCUACGUCUUAUGUUUGGUUCCCGUCAUCAGAAAUUGGCUCGGCCGUUACAAUUAUAUUAUGGUAAUAUCCGCAAUCAUCAAUCAUUCUGGACGAAGUAUUGGCGCCCAGAUUGAUGGCACCAUAUCGACAAUAAUUGGAACUGCAGGAGGACUAGGAUGGGGAGCCUUUGCGCUGUGGUUAUCACAUUCUACACCUGGUGCCAAAAGAGGAUAUGGAGGAAUUCUUGCGGCUUUCCUUGUUGUCUUCAUGGGGGCUAUCGCGGCACUUCGUUCGUAUUAUAUCAGAUUGUACCAGCUGGUUUUAUGUGCCGGCAUGGCGGUUCUUUAUACCUGUCUUGCAGAUACCUCUUCGAGUCUUGCUUGGAAAAGUCUAUUCGAAUAUGGUAUACCAUGGUUAUUUGGCCAGGCUAUUGCUCUUUUGGUGUGCUGUACUGUUAUCCCUGAUGCCGGAGCAAGAUCACUGGCUGUGAGCUUACACAAUGCUUUUGAUAUCAUGCAAAAAGGACUUCAACUCCCACAAUCGGAACCGGUCACUGUACACAGACAAUUGGCAUUUACAUUUGUCAACCUCUCACAAGCAUACAGAGAUUUAGUCCUCGACAUCUCCAUCACCCGCUUCAAGCCAUCAGAUGUUAUGGCAUUGCGGAAUCUCAUGCAGGCAGUGAUAAGAUCUCUUUUAUCUCUCCGAAUGGAAUCGCACUUAUUUGAAGAUUCCGACAAGGACGAAGAUUCUGAUGUACCUUUAUCGCGAGCGGUCUCAGCCCUCAGUAUUCGACGAUUCAAUUCUACUUCAGUAAUCAAUAUUGAUGGUCCACGACGCCCACAACUUUACAGAACGGAUACCGAGGAUCGAGCAGUAGAGUUGGUGGCCGGUAAACUUGCAGAGCCCACAUCGAAUUUAUUGUCAUGUUUGAAAACGGCAUUACAAAGAUGUGACGCUGUGUUGAUGGAUAUGUCUGGACAUAGAGUAUUUCUUGGACCCUCCAAGGAUGUUUCUUCAGAUAUUGUGGGUGCGAUAACAAGUAUUAGAAAGGCUAAGAUCAAAUAUGACGAGGAAGAAGAGCAAUUGCUCCGAAACCCAAAUUUACCCCCAACAUACUCAGAUCACCCCGAAGUUGUUGAAAUAUUCCUGUUUGUUCACCCCAUCAGACAAGCGGCAAACAGUGCUGAAGCACUUCUCGUUAAAGUGAACGAAAUGCAGCAAAGGCGUCCUGGUUGGCGGGCUUACUUACCAUCUUACCCGUUUGGCAAGGCUCUUCAGCGUACAAAUGAACAAGUACGACAUGACCGAGGAGGUGUAACUGCAGGUUUCUUUUUCCAGAGUCAAAGAGAACUUGCCAAGACAAUGAAAGGAAUGGCAAACGUUUAUAAGCCCGGCCCUCGAAAGAAGAGAGGCACAGAGGAAGAAGAUAUCUACGAGGAUCUCGAACCUACUGAAAGUAGAGGCGCGUAUGCUGAGGAGGAAGAAAUUGCGAUGGACAAGAAUUCACAGACUUCCAGACAAAAGCGCCUGAGAUACAAAACCUGGAAAGUUAUCCAUCGCUUACAAGGCUUCGAGACUAGAUUUGCGUUGAAAGUAGCCAUAGUCACUUCUCUUUUGUCAAUACCGGCGUGGCUAAAUCAGAGUAGAGACUGGUGGAACAAAUAUGAAAGUUGGUGGGCGGUUAUAAUGGUUUGGAUAAUGAUGCAUCCAAGAGUUGGCGGAAAUAUUCAAGAUUUAUUAACUCGAGCUAUUUGUGCUUUGUUUGGUGCUAUAUGGGGAGCUAUAGCUUAUGGUGCUGACAAUGGAAAUCCAUACGUUAUGGCUGUAUUUGCAGUCAUUUUCAUGAUCCCUAUGAUGUACCGAUUCACACAAAGUCCUCAUCCUCGAUCGGGUAUUGUGGGCUGCAUUUCAUUCGUGGUAGUUUCGUUAGGUGCAUAUACAGCCCCUGAUAACGUUUCAGUCAUCACCGUGGCAUGGACUCGUGGAGUUGCCUUCAUGGUUGGCACCGUAUCUGCUGUGGUUGUUAAUUGGUUUCUCUGGCCAUUUGUUGCGAGGCAUGAAUUGAGGAAGGCUUUGUCGUCAAUGCUCAUUUACUCCAGUGUGGUGGCAAAAUACGUAUAUUACGAAGAUGGUGAAGAACCAGGUGUGGAGGACGUGCAACAAUCUGGUACUGCAUAUCCUUUGCCCACAAUCUUGGACAGAACUGAUAUUUCCCUAGAAAUGCUCGAAGGUCGCCUCAGAGAAGGAUUCGCUCUCACACGCCACGAAAUCCGCCUUCGAGGUCCUUUUAAUCCACUCCCCUACUCAGCUUUAAUUGAUGCCUGCGAACGGUUCUUCGAGUAUCUUGUCUCCGUACGACAGUCCUCACUAUUCUUUCACCCACAUUAUGUUUCCGAGAACGAGCAGGCAUCCGAAUCACUACUUGCUUUCCGACGUGAUGCCGUGGCUUGUAUUUUAAUGAAUUUAUAUGUUCUUGCUGGAGCAUUACGAGGCGAUAGAAAGGUUCCUAGAUAUCUCCCAUCCGCAGCAUCCGCUCGAAAACGUCUAUUAGACCAUAUGGCUCUACUUGAAUCAAUGAAUGUUCCUACGACAUCUAGUGGUGUAUCUGUGAAGUCGAAGAGGAGUAAAAGGAGAAGUAAACGCAAGGAGAACAACAAUUCAAAUGAAACGAGAAAUAAUUUACCCGGUGGGAGAAAAUGGUCUCAAAUUUACAGCUAUAGCUACAGUCAAUCUCUCACAGGUUGUGUAACGCAACUGGAACAACUGUGCAAAUACACCAAGGAAAUCGUUGGAGAGCAAGGCUUCGACCCCAUUCUCGAAGACGAAUACGAAGAUCUCACUAACGAUGGAGUGAGUGGCCAUGGGUUUCUCAAUGGUCAAAUUACCCCACGUACUACUAGAGGUUAA